AUGUCCGCACACGCAGUCAAGCGGAGAAGAUUGAGUCCUCCGCUGGCAAAUGACUCCUCUGCGAACCAAGCCACUCCCAGCGCAGCAACGAACAACGCGAAUGCAUCCAGCUCAAAUACCGGUGCUGCCCCCGUGCGACGAGCUGAUCAUGCUUCCAAGCCCGGCUCGACGCAAAGAGCCAAGGAUGAGCGCACUGCAGAGCUAGCCAUGGCCAGUGGUUUCUACAAGUCCGGAUUCUUCAAGCUUCAGAUCGACGAGUUGGUAAGCGGAUUGAGAAUCAAUUAUGCAAAGCGCAUCGGCAAAGUUCAGGAUGCCCUUCAGAAGAUCAAGACCGCGAUUGAAGACUUGCCAGAGACAGCGCCAAAGUCAAUUGCGGAUGCCGAGAAGGAUUUGCGCUCUACAGCCGGGAUUGCGGUACCGUGGCCGGAACCGCGCCCAAGCAAGGACGUGAAAUACACAGUUUCAUAUGCGAAGCCGUCCAACAUCAACGUGGUAGGAAGCUUUGGACUCAGGACGGGGGCUAAAACCGCCGAGUCUCGCCCUGUCGAUCUUGCUGUGACCAUGCCCAGUUCUUCAUUCCAAGAGAAGGACUACGUCAAUUACCGCUAUUUCCACAAAAGGGCGUACUAUAUCGCUUGUCUUGCCGCUGGCAUUCAAGACACAGCCGAUGCUCUUGGCCUCGAUGUCAAGUUUCACUUCCAAGACGGAGACAGUCUUCGACCUUUGAUUGUCUUGGAUCCUCGUACUUCCAAAGAUGAAAAGGCGUCCUCGACUCCGCAGAUUCGCAUCAUGACUGCGUUUGACCCGAAUUUCUUCCCGCUCAAGCAAACCCUGCCAAUGAAGAACAACGUGAGACAGGGAACAUCGGCCGACUCUACGGAGAGCGGCGAACCGACGCCGUACUAUAAUGCCAGUCUUCGGUCUGAAGCCACGGUGUCUCUCUAUCACAAGUAUCUGUACUCGGCCGCUCAGAAAUGCGAAGCCUUCCGCGAUGCCUGCAUUCUUGGACGGACGUGGCUGCAGCAACGCGGCUUCCGCACAUCCUUCCAGAAGGGUGGUUUUGGAGGCUUUGAAUGGUGUGCGUUAAUUUCGCUUCUCUUUGAAGGAGGUGGCCCUAGCGGCCAGCCCAUUCUUUUGCGAUCUUACAGCAGCUACCAGAUCUUCAAGGCUACGUUGCAAUUCCUUGCUGGCCGUGACUUGACCACCCCUCUGCUUCUUUUUACAUCUGAUAUCUCUGUCCCCAGCGGUGGCCCUGUAUUGUUUGACGGCCGCAGAGGACUCAACCUUCUCUACAAAAUGACACCGUGGUCGUAUUCAAUCCUCCGUCAGGAAGCCACUGUUACUUUGAAGAUGCUCAACGAGUCGCGAGAAGAUAACUUCGACAAAGUCUUCAUCGUCAAAGUCGACGAGCCAGCAUUGAGAUUCGAUCGUCUGCUGACAUUCCCCAAGUCCUUCAGCGGCGACACUCUUCGAUCCCUCCAAGAACAGAAGACUUUGCACGACGUACUCUCUCGAGCUCUUGGAGAUCGGAUCAAGCUCAUUUCCCUGACAAGCCGCUCAAUCGAUGCAUGGGCCCUCAAGUCCAAGGCCCCUAACAAAAAGGCCUGCCACGACCUGACUGCGGGUCUCAUGCUGAACGGCGAGAAUGUCGGAAGAACGGUCGAUCAUGGACCAGCGGCCGAAGAAAAGGGCGAGGCGGCUUCCUUCCAGAAGGCGGAGCUGCGUCGAUUUAAAGACGGAAGUAUCGUGGAGAGUCUAGUCUGGUCGGAUCAGCCCGACGAAGAUUCGAUUGUUCAUCAAAUUUUGGCGCAUAUCCUCCAGCGACAUUUCAAGAUCGAUGAAGAUGACUUCUUCUUGCACGGCGAUGAAUAUGAUGACAUGUUAUACGAUGAAGGCGACGAGGUCAUCGCAUACUCAAGCCCUGCUUUCAAGUCCAUCAAUGAGGCUUUCGCCGAGUUGGAACAGUCUCUUCGAAGCAUGGACGAUGUUCCACUUUCUAUUCGCCAUGUGGCUCCUGCCAGUGCGCUGCUUCGUUACACGGCAUUGCGAGUACAGAAAUCUGAUGGUGAUAAUGAAGCCGCUGAUGUGGUUCUUCAAUUUGAAAGUUCCUCGCGCUGGCCCGACGACUUUGCUGCCAUUCAAAUGACUAAGGCCGCUUUCCUCGUCAAGAUCGGAGACUCACUCCGAGAAGCUGGCGCAGCAUCUUCGUGUCGUGUGGGAAUGGAGAAUGAGUCCAGCAGUAUACUGAACACGUUCUACUUGGACAUUGCCCAUACUUCCGGGUUCACUUUCCGUCUUCGAAUCCAUCACGAUCGGGAGCAAACUCUUCUAGAACGCCAGCUCAAGAACAAAAUGAUCAGUCCCCGUGAACGUGAGGAGGCUGCAUUUGCACUCUCUUCGUACAAAAAGACCUUCGUGCAACAACCUCGCUUAACACAAUCGCUUCGAAGCCUCUGCACUCGCCUACCACUACUGUCGCCCACCGUUCGCUUGGUCAAAUACUGGUUUACCUCGCAUCUUUUCUCGGCCCAGAUCAGCGAGGAAUUGAUUGAGCUAUUGACCACGCGCGUCUUCACUCAACCAUACCCAUGGGAAACUCCCUCCAGUAUCAUGACCGGAUUCCUACGAACCAUCUAUUUCAUCUCCCGCUGGGACUGGCAACAGGAACCUUUCAUCGUCGAUCUCAGCGGCGACCUCAACGCCGAAGUGACAGAGACCAUCAAAACCCGUUUCGCCGCCUGGCGUAACAUCGACCCAGGAAUGAAUACCAUCGCUCUCUUCGUCGCGUCAGACCUCGACACCGAAGGCGUCACAUGGACACAGUACGAAAUGCCCACCAAGGUCGUCGCCGGCCGGAUGACAGCCCUCGCCAAGGCAGCAGUCAACCUCCUACGCAAGGAACAUGACGAACUAGACGUCGCUGAACUUUUCCGCACGUCUCUCGCACCGUACGAUUUCGUCGCAUAUCUCCGCCCCAAGCUUCUCGAAGACGGGACCAAUUCCUCGUCCAAAUACAAGAACCUCGCCGAGGUCAAUGCCCAUGGUCGCACGGAGAAACUCGCAAUUAUCAAGUCAUUCGUGAAGGAUGUCCAAGCUUGUUAUCACCAGAGCCUGCUCCUAUUCCACGGCGACGAACGCUCGGGGGUCGUGGCGGGACUCUGGAAUCCCCAGAUGCUGAAACCUAAAUCUUGGAACCUGAAAAUGGCUUACUCGACUGCUCCUGCUUCUGCGUCUGAGUCUGGGGAUAAGGCGGACAGCGUCGUCAUCAAUCGACCUGCCAUUCUGAAUGAAAUAUCCAGACUGGGCGAGGGACUCAUUGAGAAGAUUGAGGUCUCGGGGAGCAAGCUCUGA